UGCCGCUACUGACACAGAAGCGGACCAAUCAAUUGAAGGCGUUGUGUACAUAUGGCGGGGCUUCCAGUGAGAGGCGUUCAACUGUCGACUGAAAAUUUGUGUGUACUGUAUGUGGGAGAGUGGUCGCUCUGUGGCAGUCACGACUAUGUUUUGGAGGACUCCCUAGCAGUGUCAGAAAUGGCUGAAGUGAACUCUGUCAGCGCUGGUUUGCUCCUGCCUUCCACCAUGAACGCCAUAUUCCAGGUCCAGGAGGAAGCCUGCGCCUCUGCUGCUGCUUCUGCUGCUGCUGCUGGUGGUGGUGGUACCGCCGCCUCUGCGGCUCCUCCAGCCUCUCAAAGCAGCGAGGACUACUUGUUCGUGGAGACCAGGCACCCCAACACAGUCCUGCAGGGCCUCAACAGUCUGCGACUCAACAACGCCUUCUGCGACGUGACCCUCUGCUGUGGGGGCCAGGAGUUCCCCUGCCAUCGCAUCGUGCUGGCCUCUUUCAGCUCCUACUUCCAAGCCAUGUUCUCAGCUGAUCUGAUAGAGUCCAAGCAGGAGCGUGUUGCCAUCAAUGGUGUGGAACCACAGAUGAUUGGCAUGCUGGUGAGCUACGCGUACACCUCUGAGGUCUACAUCUCCAAAGCAAACGUGCAGGCGCUGCUUGCAGCGGCCAACCUGCUGGAUGUGAUGGCUGUCCGAGAGGCCUGUUGUCGCUUCAUGGAGCGUCAGAUGGAUGAGAUGAACUGUGUGGGGAUUCACUGCUUCGCUGAGGCUCAUUCUUGUAAAGUGCUAGAGAAACGCAGCAUGGACUACAUCCUGGAGCAUUUCACUACUGUUUGUCAACAGGAGGAGUUUUUAUCUUUGUGUGUAGAUAAACUGACAGAAAUCAUUUCCAGUGACCUUCUCAAUGUGCCUAAAGAGGAAAUGGUGUUUGAAGCCGUCAUGUUGUGGUUGAAUAAAUGUCCGUCUCGCAGGCACAGCUUUGAAAAGGUGCUCGAGCACAUUCAUCUGCCUCUCAUCAGUCCUUACUACCUCCACGAUGUGAUUGAGUCUUUGGACGUGGUGAAAGAAAGCCAGGCCUGCCAGAAGCUCAUCUCUGAGGCUAAGGACUACCUACUGCUCAAAGACCGUCGUGGAGAACUCUACUGCUCCCGUGCCAGGCCUCGCAGGUCCACAGGGACAGCUGAAGUUAUAGUGACGGUUGGCGGGGAGGAUGACAAGGUGGUGCUGCGCAGCGUCGAGAGCUUCGACCCUGUGACAAACCAGUGGAAGAAUCUAGCGUGCCUGCCUUUCGCCGUGAGCAAACACGGACUGGUCGUGUCAGAUUCGACUCUGUACCUGGCAGGAGGAGAGUUUCCUGACGGCUCGGCGAGCAGAGAGAUGUGGCGCUACGACCCCUGCUUCGACUCCUGGAUGGAGAUGGCCCCCAUGAAUGUAGCUCGCUCUGAGCUGGGUUUGCUGAUGCUGGAUGGCUUCGUGUAUGCUGUUGGCGGGUGGGAGGGCCGCUCCCGCCUGGACUCUGUAGAAUGCUACAAUCCUCACACAAACUCCUGGCAGUUUACAGAGUCCGUGAAGAUGGCCGUCACAAGCCCUGCAGUGGUAGCACUAGAUGGCCUUCUGUAUGUUACAGGUGGAGCAGUUCUCGAGGAUGGUGAUGGCACUGACCUCGCACAAGUUUACAACCCUAAAACUGCAACAUGGACAGAGGUCGCCCCAAUGCAGAUCGCUCGCUCAGGUUCAGCUGCCUGCACACUGAAAGGAAAGAUCUAUGUCAUAGGUGGAUGGCACGCUUCGACCGAGAACACAGACAAGGUUGAGUGUUACAAUCCCAAAACCAAUCAGUGGACUAUGUGUGCCCCCAUGAAGGAAAGGCGGUACAGGCCUGGUGCUGCUGUAGUUGAUGGCAAGAUUUAUGUCCUAGGAGGUGAAGAGGGCUGGGACAGAUAUCACGACACCAUCGAGAGGUACUGUGAUGAAACUGACACUUGGGAGAUUGUCGGGGAGAUGCCCACCAGCCGAAGCUGGCUCAGCUGCGUGUCUCUCCAGCUUAGGAAGGAUAUCCCUGUAAACAGUUGCCCUGACUCACCGAACGACAGCUGAAGCACCACGUCAGCAGGAAGUCUGAUGGGGUUUAAUAACAAUUGCACAAUCCUCGGAGGCCGCGCGCUGCGGAGCUCAGAGAUUUGGAGGCCUUCGAACUUGAGAAGCCUGAAAGGGGCACAGAGCUGUGAGGAUCAGUUCCAUUCAGUGACAGCUUCUGGAGUAAGUCUAGUUUACUCGAGUUUCUUAACUUGGGAUGGAAGUUAAAAUAAAAGUUUUAACCUAGAGGAUCUUGAGUUACUAUGACCCACUUUCUAUUCAGGAGUAUGUCUUUACCCUGUGUGUGUGGGGGAUAUUUUAGUGUCCAAGCAACACAAUCUAAGGAAUCUCUCAGCCAAUACAAUGUAUUUUUGUAUUGUUAUGUGGUGUAUUUAUUUGGGGGUUGACUGUCAGAGUAACCUGUUGUACAUAGUAAACAUGUUGUAACGCAAGCUCUGUUGAACACAACAUCUUAUGGAGAUUACCUGUGGUUAAAAAUGUGCACUUGUGAACAGUCGUCUGUAGUUGGAUCAUUUAAGAUCUAAAUGUUUGUCUUUUUCAAUAUUUGUUUUAUUAAAUAUAUUUUUGUAAUGUGGUUUGAGUCCAUUAUAGUGAAUUGUAAGUAAAGCUGUGUUGUAAUAAAAAUAUAUAUAUCU